GGUUUACCGGUUAAAUUUUCUGUAUAUUGAUGAAUAAUUGUACAAAUCGAAAAAAUACUCCUUUUAUGGUAUGUUUGAAAAAGGCAAUUACGCAAGAGUGUAUACCUAUAUUAAGUAUUAUAAAUUUUCUUUUUAAAGGCUGAUGCUGUUUCAGUAAAUUCAUUUAAAAAUUAUACUGCGACUUCAACGAAUUACUUCUAAAUUAUAUUGGCUAAUAAAGAUACAAAGAGAUUAGAAGUCAGCAUGGGAACUGGAAUGUCAAAAAUUCUCGAAGGUCUCUACGUUGGCAAUGUAAGAGAUUCGAAUAGUAGAGAACAAUUACAAAAGAAUGGAAUAACUCAUGUAAUUUCAAUACACGACCUAGUUAAUCAAAAAAAGUUCUCUCAUAUAAAAUAUCUUAAUCUGGUUGCGAGAGAUAACGAAGCUCAGGAUUUGAUGCAUUUUUUCAAUGAAACGAACGAAUUUAUACACGAAGCCAGAGCAUCUAAUGGUAAAGUUUUAGUUCAUUGUAUAAUGGGAGUAUCUCGUAGUGUGUCGUUAUGCGUUGCCUACUGUAUGUCAGUAACAAAUCUUGGUUGGAGAGACUGCUUAAAUGCUAUCAGACAAGCCAGAAAAAUAGCUCAACCGAAUUAUGGAUUUCAAAAGCAAUUGGCUAUUUUUCAGGCGGAAAGAUUACAAGAGGCAAGAUCGAAAUUAAAGGAAAAUUAUCCUAAUUUCUCGCCCAACGACGAAGAUACUCUACAGAAACUGCUGGAAGCCCACCAUAAAUGGGUCUUAACUGGGGAGGAAGAUAAAAAUUAUCCCCUAGAGCAUGACGCAUAUAAAGAACAACUAAAAAGCGAUGGGAAAAACGAAAUAGAUAAAAGAUGA